UUAUUCUCAGGCUAUUUCCUUUGUCAGUUGGCAGAAAGAAAAGCGGACAGUUAAAGUCAAUUUGCGGUGGCUGCUUGUGAGUACAGGAAUAACGAUGAAGAAGCAAGACAGUGAAAGCCAGUGUCAAGAGAGCAACAGCAGCGACUCUGUGCCUUUGAGCACAGAGGUAGUGGCUGGCCAAAGCCCUGGGGCAAUAGGGACCUCUGGCAGCUCAGAUGGGAUCGAGGGCCAGCAGCCUAUAGAUACUCCACUGGACACACAGGUCAACAAUGGAGCUGAAGAGACAACAGCAGAGGAGCUCAGUCGUCAGUUGGAGGACAUCCUCAGCACUUACUGCCUGGGCGAGGGCACGGAGGACAGGGCGCUGCCGGAGGCCUGCGACGGGCAGCCUGACGGGGCCGAUCUCAGCGGCGUGACCGAGCAGGGCGACGACAAGACCGGGGGGCUCAAGCUGAACGGCAGUGUCACUGAAAAGGAUCCCAAGAAGGAGCAGGAGAAGAAGAAGGUCAAGGGCUUGGGUAAAGAGAUCACGCUGUUGAUGCAGACGCUAAACACCCUGAGCACGCCGGAGGAGAAGCUGGCCGGCCUCUGCAAGAAGUAUGCCGAGCUGUUGGAGGAGCAUCGCAACGCACAGAAGCAGAUGCGGGUGCUGCAGCGGAAGCAGGCGCAGCUCAUCCAGGAGAAGGACCACCUGCGCAGCGAACACAGCAAGGCCAUUCUGGCGCGCAGCAAGCUAGAGAGCCUCUGCCGGGAGCUACAGAGACACAACCGCACGCUCAAGGAGGAUGGCGUACAACGCGCCCGCGUGGAGGAGGAGAAGCGCAAAGAGGUGACGUCCCAUUUCCAGGUGACGCUGAAUGACAUCCAGGCACAAAUGGAGCAGCAUAACGAGCGCAACAGCACACUGAGGCAGGAGAACAUGGAGCUGGCCGAGAAGCUGAAGAAGCUCAUUGAGCAGUACGAGCUGCGUGAGGAGCACAUCGACAAGGUGUUCAAGCACAAGGAUCUGCAGCAGCAGCUGGUGGACGCCAAGCUCCAUCAGGCCCAGGAGCUGCUUAAGGAGGCUGAGGACCGACACCAGAGGGAGAAGGACUUUCUCCUGAAGGAGGCUGUGGAAUCCCAGAGGAUGUGUGAGCUGAUGAAGCAGCAGGAGGUUCACCUAAAGCAGCAGUUAUCCUUGUACACGGAGAAGUUCGAGGAGUUCCAGAACACGCUCUCCAAAAGCAACGAGGUGUUCACCACGUUCAAGCAGGAGAUGGAGAAGAUGACGAAGAAGAUAAAGAAGCUGGAGAAGGAGACGACGAUGUACCGCUCCAGGUGGGAGAGCAGCAACAGGGCUCUGCUGGAGAUGGCGGAGGAGAAGACGGUGCGUGAGAAGGAGCUGGAGUGCCUCCAGGGGAAGGUGCAGCGGCUGGAGAAGCUGUGCCGGGCGCUGCAGACGGAGCGCAAUGAGCUCAGCAAGCGGGUGCAGGGCCUGGGGGGCCCGGGGGAGGGCGUCGAGACCGGGCCGCAGCCCCCAGCACCGCCCAGAGACUCUGACGAGGGGGGCUCUCCCGGCAGCCCAGAGCCAGAAUGCACCCCCCCCCCCCCCGCCCCCCCCCCCCCCCCCCCCCCCCCCCCCCCCCCGUUCCACUGCUUUCUUUUCUCUCCAUAUUCUUCCAGAGUAUGCCAGUCUUUUCUAAGGGCAAAACCACAUGUACGUCAAGGAAAAAAAUCUUAAUUAGUUUAAUCCCCCCUCCCCUCCCCAUAAUGCAUACAUUGCUACGAGGAACAGUGCUGCUGUUUGUCAAUGCAGAGCGUCUGGGUUCUGUCUGCGUUUUCUUCUUUCCCCUCUGUGUCGGGUCCCUUUACACAAGCUUCCCCUGAUCUCUGCACUCUGCAGGAGGGCCUGUUCCUGUUCCAGGCAUGGCUGCUGCGUUGCCUGAACGGGCGACAUCCGUCCCUCUUUCCUUAUCCGCUGCCUUAACCUGCGCGCUGCGGGGCGCAUAACCCCUGACCCCGGCACCGUCUCCUUUAGUCGCUUCAGUUUCAGAAACCACAGCAUUUUGUCAUUUUUCUUUUGAAAACCAAGGGGCUACAUUCAGAAGCCCGUAGCGUGUGUCAUGUAACGGCCAGGUGCUCUUAAGUUUUACACUCGGUUCUCCAUAUCAGUCUGUUUUUGACACCUUUGUGUUGCACAAGUCAGCUGACAUGUAGGUUGUUUAUAUUUUAUAAGACUAUUUGCCACAUAUAGAUCAAAUUGCACUAGAUUUAUUAUAUAAUCUUGUGUACUAAUGCUAACGAAUGAUUGCUAUUCUUGGACCAAUUCAUAGCUGUUAUCUUUCCUAUAAAAUGCUUCCCGUACAAAUGAGAUUAAAUAAUUAAAAUAUUAUUGGUUUGUUUUUGUGUGGUUUAUGCAUUUGGGGUUAGGUGAAAUUGGUCAGUCUUCUGCACAACCCAAACAAAUAUCGAUUCGUAAAAUGUUUCAAUUUCAUCUAAUUUCUUCCUCCUGGAUUUUGGGUGUUGGAUCAUUCUUCAUUGUGUUCUGCAGAAGGCCCCCCAUCCAACAUUUCCUAUGAAAGGAUGGUGUAACCUGAAUGUACUAACGAUAUUUAUUUUCUGACACUAGCAGCACAGAAGCAUUGUAUCCUUUGUGUCCACGUGUUUUUUUUUUUUUGUUUGUUUUUGCACUGUCAGUAUAUUUCGUGUGUCAUCUCACCGAUAGGCUUUAGAAUUCACAGGAUCCUCAUUUCUGUACUUUUCAUAUCUAUUAACCAGGUACCAAAGACUGCAUUGCUCUUCUGACCUCUGAAGUUUGCUGUACUGUAUCUGUGUUUGUACUGUCUGCAUUUAAAAUAAAACACCUCCGUUUUUAUGCUUUUGUUUCACUUAGGCCGUGUAUUCAGGUGAAACUGUUCACCUGCAGUGGGCUGGUGGUCAUGUGACACUGCUGCUUCCUCUCGCAGGUCGGCUGGAGUUCGGUUUCUUCGGCUGUCUGUGCUCAGUGACGCUUAAGCUUUCAAUAAAAGCGAUCAUGCCUUUG